AUGGCAAUCUCUCUUCCGUACCCGGCCCCGGCUGUUGCCGCAGUGGUGGCCUUCCUCGUCUUCCGUGCCAUCUAUCGAGUCACACUCCAUCCCCUAGCGAAGUUCCCUGGUCCGAAGUUGGCGGCCAUCUCGUCCGCGUAUCAGGCUUGGUAUGACUUGAGGCCGGGGACAUCAUACAUCUUCCAGUUUGCUCGAUUGCACGAGAAGUUUGGACCAAUUGUGCGCAUCACCCCAAAUCAGUUGCAUGUCUUUGACAUUGCCGCGUACAAUGAAAUCUUCAAGAUCGGAACGCGCUAUCCUCGACACCGCGACAACUAUAACAACGAGGCGGCCGACGGAUUUUUCAAUCAACUCGAGUUGAAAACAGCCAAACCCUGGCGCGAUGCGUACCAACCCUACUUCUCCAAGGGCGCCAUCACCCGCCUCGAGCCACUGAUCCACAGUCGCAUCAAGAAGUUUCUUUCCAAAUUCGAGUCGGCGGCCUCGAACAACGAGCCCAUCGACUUGAGCAUGGGCUUCCGCAGCGUCACCAGCGACGUCGUCACAAGUUACAUGUUCGCGGACAAUGGGUUCGAACUGCUUGACGUGAAGGGCUUCCAGUCCUCAAUCUUGAUCGCAUUGGAAGCGUACUUUGACUUUACCCAGUGGGCCAUGUACUGGCCUAACUUCAUGCCGUGGUUGACAAGGCAACUGCAGAAAUUGACCAAGGAGCAGCAGGAAAAGGUAUGUUCUCUCCAGCAUUGUGCCCAAUGCCGACUCAAGGUCGAGAGGAUCAUGCGGAACGGAGGCUCUGUAGAUGGAACUCCCACCGUCUUCGACGCGUGGGCGAAACCCAGCGAGAAACGAACGUGGACUCCGAGCAUGAGACAGAUGACCGCGGACGCGUUCACCUUCCACGGCGCGGGCACAGAUACCACGGCCCACACGCUGACCACUGCGACAUGGCACUUGAUCAACAACAAAGGGUGUCUGCAGAAGUUGCGCCAGGAAUUGACCGAGGCGAUCCAGGAGCCCGAGAGCGAGCAGCUGGUCAGCACGAAUGUGCUCGAGACCUUGCCCUACCUGAGGGCCGUCGUCAAGGAAGCCCUGCGAAUGAGCAUGGGCGUGCCUGGCAGGAUGGCUCGUGUCGUGCCCGAAGGCGGGGCCGUACUGUGCGGACAGAAGAUCCCUGGCGGAACUGCAAUAACCAGCGUCUGCUACUGCUACCACUUCGACCCUGAGGUCUUUCCCUCGCCUCACACGUUCGAUCCCGACCGAUGGCUGUCUCCGGACGCCCCCAAGCUCGAGGCCCGCUUCAUGGCCUUCUCCAAGGGGCCCCGGUCGUGCAUUGGGAUCAACUUGGCCUACGCCGAGCUAUACCUCAACCUGGCGUACAUGGUGAGGCGAUUCGAGCUCGAGGCGUUCGACACGACCGACAAGGACAUGGAGUGGAAGGAUAACUUUGUGGUCAGCACGAAGGGCCAUUUGCGGGUCAAGGUCAGGAGGGUCGAGGAGGACGAUUGA